CGGCCAGGAAGCCGGAUCCGUGUCGCAAACACAGCCACACACCCAUCUCGCUCCGGGACAGGGUGUCCCGGCUCGGCCAAGUCACCCCCGAGGAAGAGAGGGAGGAGAAGCGGGCGCAGCCAUGGAGAGCGCCGUGGGGCGCACCGUGCGCCUCCGGGCAGCUGCCGGCUGCCUCUGCCUCCUCUGGCUGCUGCUGAAAAGUGUGCCAUCUUUUGGAAAGGACACAUUGCUGACAACACCUGUCACUCCUCAGCCCAAACCUGAUGUAUUUUACGAAGAUUUCAUUCAUUUGAAUGUUUUGAACAAAAGAGUUCUCAACGAUACUGAAAUCUCUGUCGACUAUUUAUGCUCAGAACCUUGCACUGUUACUAUAGAAGCCAUAGCGUCGCUGGAAUUCAGAACUGGUGUGUCUGUCUAUAAGGAGAGGUGGGAGAAUGACAAAUAUCUCCACACCACUAGAAACAGAACCGUGAACUUGAAAUUUCCAAACAGCAUGAUUUUCAGAGAUGACUAUUUCAUCAGGCGCUCCGUCAUCGUACACACAGUGAUACUAUAUGCAUGGAUUAUUCACAAACAAAGAGAGAUCCCCCGUGGCAAACGAAAGGAAGGCUACUUGCAGGCAAUUGCAAAGGACUACACUUUGCUGGAAUCUGUUCCGCCUUUCGAACGUCCCUACAAAGAACACCAAGUGUGUAUGAAAUGGAGCUUGGAAUAUACCUGGAGGCUGCAGGCAAACAUAAUGCGUUGGUGUCCCCAUGAGAAUGAUGUCGUUGAGAUCCUCAGCUUUCCAUACGCCUCUGGUGGAGAGAUGACGGGAAUUGUGAAGAAGUUUCAGAAAUUUGAGAACAGAGAGCUUGAAAUAAUCAGAAAGCGCCAGAACGGUUACCCAAACUUUACUUUUUCAGUCUGGCUUUAUUUACUCCGUUACUGCAAAAAACCACUGUGUGGAAUACUGUAUUUCAUUGAUUCUGAGGAAAUGUACAGUACUCCUGCUGUGUUUCUAACAAAUGAAGGUGACGUUCAUAUCCAGAUGCAUCUUCUCAAAGGGGGAGAUGUGGCGGUGAAGACUACCUUUAGCCUUCCUCUGAAGCAGUGGCUUCGACUUGAUCUCUCCGUUAGCGGCGGGCAGAUAGAAAUUACCAGUGUUGGAAAGAAUCUGAAAAUUCAUCAGCAUCAAACUUUUAUUUUUAGGGAGGAUUUCUAUUUCGAUGACACUUCCGGUUACUUGGCUCUUGGAGGCAGUGGCUAUUCAUCAAGUAUUGAAGGAUACUUUGGUCCAGUGAAAUACUAUCGUCUUAAUGGCCUAGAGACCAGAAAGAUUUCUAACCCUUUCUACAAAGAAGACAUUUUGGAAAGAAUUGACCUUUACUAUCAAAAAUGUUUCGCUGUCCAGAGCACAUCGCCCAGGCAUGGAUUUGUGCAGAAACACAAAGAGCAAAAAUGCCUUUAUGAAAACUACUAUCUGGAAAUGAUCAAUAAAUAUGGAGGACAGCCCAAGGAUGCAGCCUUCAGCUGGAGGCAAGAACUAUUGGACAAAUACUACAGCAUGUUUAAACAGUUGCAAGAGACAGGUCUACAGUUAUCAGGAGCACCUGAAGGCCAAAAGGACGCCAUUUUAGAAAUUGGACGCAGCUUAUUUGAGACAGCGGCUCAAAAUCUUUCCAGAGCUGAUGGCCUACGUUAUAUAAACUCUUCUGUCUUGUCCCUGAUGGAUUCCAGCUGCUGUGGUGAUCACAGAGCGUCCUAUGCUCUGGGCGUGAUCUUUGAAAUAGGAUUGGGCAGGCCUGCAGACCCAGCUCAGGGUCUACUGUACAGUUUGGUUGCAGCUCAGGGCGGUGAUAGGCUGGCCUUGAUGAGCCUCGGAUAUAAGCAUUACCAAGCCAUUAAUGGUUACCCACGAGAUCUGGAAUUGUCAUAUGCUUAUUAUAGUGAUGUCGCCUUAAAGACGCCACGUGAUCAACAUGCUUCCGAAGGAGACCAGGCCUUUGUAGAAACCAUCAGGCUCCGGGACGAAGAGUUGUUGAGAGCUCAAACGAAAGAAAAUGGCGACAUCUUCAUGUGGUUGAAGCACGAAGCGACAAGAGGAAACGCAGCUGCGCAGCAACGUUUAGGACAGAUGCUUUUCUGGGGCCAGCAAGGAGUGGGUAAAAACACCAAAGCAGCUGUCGAGUGGUAUGCAAAGGGAGCCUUGGAGACAGGAGACCUUGUAUCUCUCUAUGAUUAUUCCAUCGUGUUAUUCAAGGGCCAAGGUGUGAAAAAGAACAGAAGACUUGCUUUACAUCUGAUGAAGAAAGCUGCCUCCAAGGGACUGCCUCAAGCACUGAAUGGGCUGGGUUGGUAUUAUCAUAACUUCAAAAGAGACUAUGAGAAAGCAGCCCAAUACUGGUUAAAAGCUGAAGCUAUGGGCAAUCCUGAUGCAUCCUUCAACCUCGGCGUCUUAUAUUUAGAUGGAGUGUAUCCAGGAAUAACUGGGAGAAACAAAACUGUUGCUGCUGACUAUUUCUUUAAAGCGGCAGAAAGUGGUCACAUGGAAGGCACAUUACGGUGUUCACAGUAUUAUAUUACAGGAAACUUACCAAGCUUCCCCAGGGAUCCUGAAAAGGCAAUAAUCUGGGCAAAAUAUGUGGCAGAAAAGAAUGGCUAUUUAGGCCACGUCAUUCAAAAAGCUCUCAACGCUUAUCUGGAAUUGUCUUGGCAUGAAGCCCUGCUUUAUUACCUUCUGUCUGCAGAGACUGGAAUCGAGGUGUCACAGACAAACCUGGCACAUCUCUGCGAAGAGAGGCCAAAUAUGACAGAAAGAUACAUGGAUGUUGACUGCAUUUGGAGAUAUUAUAAUUUCUCGGUUUCUCAGAAAAAGGCUCCCUCAUUUGCUUAUCUGAAGGUGGGAGAUUUCUACUACUAUGGAUAUCGGAAUCAGUCCAGAAACGUGGAUGUCUCAGUACAGAUGUAUGCACAAGCUGCCUUGUAUGGCGACGCACAGGGGUUCUUUAAUUUGGCUGUUCUCCUGGAAGAAGGUUAUUCCAUCCCUCAUCACAUUUUAGAUCAUUUAGGAAUUGACAGGACCGUCAACUCCAGUAAUGCAAACGUGCUCCAGGAGCUUUAUGAAAGGUGUUGGAGCUAUAGCAACCAAGAAUCAAUCAGUCCAUGCACUUUAGCUUUGCUUUAUUUCCACCUGCGUGUUUUCUGGAAGACAACUUUGCAUUCUAGUCUGAUUUACUUCCUGGGCUCCUUGUUUGUCUCUGCAUUGGCUGUAUUUGUCAUACAGUGUUUCCGGGCUCUGUUGGUUGUUCAUCGCCGGAUAUCACGAGUGCCUGAAGAGGCUGCAGCUGAAAUCUCUUCCACAGAGGAAAAUACUAGUGAGACAGGAUCAGCAGAGCACAGAGAACCUACUGUGUCAAAUAAUUCAGAGGAGGAUGUCUUGAAUCCUCAGCAUCCCCGCUCCAGCAGCUGAGGCAUGCAUUUUCUCAAGAAGUGACAUUCUGAUGUCUUCAGGAGAUGGAAACCUCCCCUUUCUAGGCCAAUUUGGACCC